GUGCGGAGGGGGGUCUCACACGGCACGGUGUGCGGGUUGCUAACAUUAGCAUCUACAAAGGGAAAGCACGUUUACUCCUGAGCAGCUUUCAGGCUUGGAUCCAAGGUCCUGUGCUGUUUGUCUUGAGCCCAUCAUUUACUACUAUGGCUGCAUCCCUGGUUUUAUAAUUUUAAUAUCUAAAUUAAGGAAUUGGAGGCGGAUGGACUAAGUUUUGGAUUGGAACUAGAGUUAGGAUUAAGGACCACUUCUACAGCUAUUUGUGAGAACAAGAAGUGAGCUUAAAGCCUGCAGGUGCCUCCAUUCUGUGUUAGCAGAACCAGUCCUCUAACCACCAUGGCGGAUGGACGAAUCUAUGUGGGGAAUCUUCCAAUGGAUGUCCAGGAGAGAGACAUAGAGGAUCUCUUCUUCAAAUAUGGAAAAAUCCGGGAUAUUGAAUUGAAGAACAAUAGAGGCACUAUCCCCUUUGCCUUCGUUCGCUUUGAAGAUCCACGGGAUGCGGAUGAUGCCGUAUAUGGAAGGAAUGGGUAUGGAUAUGGAGAUUCCAAGCUACGUGUAGAAUAUCCACGAUCUUCUGGAGCUAAAUUUGGUGGUACUAUGGGAGGAGGAGGUGGUGGAGGAGGACCUAGGGGGAGGUUUGGACCCCCAACCCGCAGAUCCGAAUUCCGCGUCAUAGUGACUGGAUUGCCACCAACUGGGAGCUGGCAAGACCUGAAAGACCACAUGCGUGAAGCAGGAGAUGUGUGCUUUGCUGAUGUGCAGAGGGAUGGUGAGGGAGUGGUCGAGUUCCUCCGUAGAGAGGAUAUGGAAUAUGCUUUGCGUAGGUUGGACAGGACUGAGUUUCGUUCCCAUCAGGGUGAGACUGCAUAUAUCCGUGUCUAUGAGGAGAGGGGUACACCAAGCUGGGGUCGAUCACGUUCCCGCUCCAGAUCCAGAGGACGCUAUUCACCACCCUACCAGAACAGAGGAUCUCCUCCGCAACGGUACCAGACACCACCACGUCAUGCUAUGUCCCGCCAUAGUCCACCUGCCAGGAGACAUCCUCUGCAGCACCAUAGUCCACCACCACGCCACUAUCGGUAGAAGGUCCGCAAUUGAUGUUAGUUAAAUGUUUUGUAACUGAAGGUUUUUUUUGUUGGUUUUUUGUUUUUGUUUUUUUGACCCCAGGUCUACAUAGGAUGAACCCUUUUUGCUUGCAUUUUUACAUUCCAUGAUCAGAUCCCCUGAACACCCCCCCCCCAACCCUUGUCCCACAUUUACAUUUUAAAAUCACCACCUUAGGGGGUAUUUUAAGAGGCAGGAUAAGUUGAGCAAGAUAACUGCCCAUUUAAAUAUACUAAUUUCUUUUAUAAAGAAAUUAAGAGUUUUAAUCUUCACAGCUUAAGUAUUGGCUUGUCAGAUUGUCCAAAACUAGUGAAGCAACUGUCUUGCCAAUUCUAAUGCUGCAUUUUUGAAUAUCAGUACUAGGCAACAAAUUCUUCCAGUUAUGUCAUGUCAGUGUAGACUUGUCCCUAAAAUAUUGAAUGGUUUUUUUUUGUUCUUUGGGUUGUUUUUUUUUGGAAAAGAGCCAAUGUGAGAAGCGAUAUUUUUCUGCUUCCUUCAUAAACAUCUAUGUAAAGUGUAAACUUCAACAGUGACACACUGACUGUGAUCAUCACUUUUUUUUUUAUGAUGUGUGGACCUCUGACCGACUUGGCCCAUAGGUGGACUAUGAUUUGUAAAAUUUCUUUUGAAUAAAGGAUUUUCUUAAUGUCA